AUGCCGCUGGGGCUGGGCCGCCGCAAGAAGCCGCCGCCGCUGGUGGAGAACGAGGAGGGGGCCGGGGGGCGCGGGGGGGCCCCGGGGGAGCCCGGGGGGGCCCCGGGGGGGGUCCCGGGGGCGGCGCCCCCCCCGCAGCCGCUGCGGCCCCGCCUGGUGUUCCACACGCAGCUGGCGCACGGCAGCGCCACCGGGCGCGUGGAGGGCUUCGGGAACGUGCGGGAGCUGUACGGGAAAAUCGGGGAGGCCUUCGGGAUCCCCCCCAGCGAGGUGCUGUUCUGCACGCUGAACACGCCCCAGGUGGACAUGGAGAAGCUCCUGGGCGGGCAGAUCGGCCUCGAGGAUUUCAUCUUCGCGCACACGCGCGGGCGCCAGAAGGACGUGGAGGUGCUGAAAUCCGAGGAGGCGCUGGGGCUCACCAUCACCGACAACGGGGCCGGAUACGCCUUCAUCAAGCGGAUCCGCGAGGGCUCGGUGAUGGCGCGCACGCCCCAGGUGGGCGUCGGGGACGUGCUGGAGGCGCUGGACGGGCGCAGCCUGGUGGGCACGCGGCACUUCGAGGUGGCGCGGCUGCUGCAGGAGCUGCCCCGGGGACACCAGUUCAGACUGAGGCUGACGGAGCCACGGAGAGCCUGGGACGGGAUCGGGCCCCGUUCCGGGGGGGUCUCGGCUCGGGGGGGGCCCCCCCAGGUGCUCUCGGGCCGGGGGACGCUGAGGCUGCGCUCGAGGGGCCCGGCCACGCUGCAGGAGCAGCCGUCGGCGUUCGAGGAGCGCGCGGUGGCCAAGGUGGACGAUCUGCUGGAGAGCUACAUGGGCAUCCGGGACAGCGAGCUGGCCGCCACCAUGGUGGAGCUGGGCCGCGACGCCCGUGACCCCGACGCGCUGGCCGAGGCUCUGGACGCUCAGCUCGGCGACUUCGCCUUCCCCGACGAGUUCGUGUUCGACGUCUGGGGCGCCAUCGGCGACGCCAAGGCCGGGCGGUGCUGA